AUGGAUGCUGCCCUGGAUUAUUUUGCUGAUUCUACUUAUACUUACUCUUCUUUUCCAAAUGACGGUACCAAAUAUGAGAAUGUUUCAGAAGAGAUUUCAUCCCGUAAUACCACUGAUUUUGGAAGAGAAAAGAGUAUCCAUAAUGUAGUUAUUGGUAUCUCCAUAUUGGUCAUCUGCAUUUCUGGAGCCGUGGGAAAUGGGAUUGUCAUCUGGCUUCUCGGCUUCCGCAUGAAGAGGAAUCCUUUCAGCAUCUACAUCCUCAACUUGGCCAUCGCUGAUUUGGGCGUCCUUCUCACAGUUACGUUUGUUCUUCUUAAUCUGUGGAUUGUAUUCCCUUAUGACUCUCCCAUUACGUUCCUAGUGUUCUUGUUCCUAUUUUUAUCGAUGUACAGCACUAGUCAGUUUUUCCUGACGGCUAUCAGCAUUGACAGGUGUGUGGCCGUCUUCUUCCCACUUUGGCACCGAUGCCACCAGCCACCGCAUUUGUCCACCAUCGUAUGUGCACUGAUUUGGGUCCUCGCCUUCCUGCUUACUGCAAUUACCUACACUCUCAUAUAUCUUAAUUUAAAUGAAACAAUGACUGGAGACUAUUACCAGUUUAUUGCGAAUGCCCUGCUGUGCCUCCCGGUCAUGUUGAUUGCCACCAUGUCCCUCUUCAUCAAAGUCUGUUUGAAAGCACGACAGCGUCAGAAGGGGAAGCUUGUGACCAUGAUCUUGCUCACUCUUCUCUUCUUCCUCCUCUUUGCUUUUCCAUUCAAUGUCACGUUCCUCCUCUAUAUUUCCAGUUACUUACCAUUAGACGUAUUAUGGGGUACAAUGUUAUUACCCUGUUUAAACAGCAGUGUAAACCCAGCUAUUUAUAUCCUGGUUGGGAGACGAUGGAAGUCUAGACAGAGGGAGAGCAUGAAGAUGAUCCUCCAGAAGGUUUUCAACGAGGAAGAAGGCUUUACUGAGGUAACCCCAGCUGAAACCCAGUUGUGA